GAAGAGUUAAACUGACAAGUGACAUCUAUAAACUCUUCAUUCAAUACUGAAAACGAAAAUAAACUAAAAAAAUAUAAGUAACUGAGUGUAAUAAAUGCUGUAAUAUUUCUUUCACAAUAGGUAAUUCAUGGCGUAAAGUAUUUUUGCUGGUUAUUAUUUUCGUUAGCAGAAUCAUGGCUUGGCGAAGUCAUGGAGUAAACAAUGCUGAUAUGGUUCGAAAUUUACGAGCCAAUGGCAUCAUAAAAUCUGAUGCUGUAGCAAAUGCGAUGUUAGCUGUUGACCGAAAAAAUUACUGCCCUUCUGCUCCAUACCAUGAUUCACCGCAAACGAUUGGAUACUCAGCCACUAUAAGUGCUCCACACAUGCAUGCUCAUGCAUUGGAAAGGUUAAAGAACCAACUAAUACCAGGAGAAAAAGCAUUGGAUGUAGGAUCUGGUUCUGGCUACUUGACUGCUUGUAUGGCCAUGAUGGUCGGAGAAGCUGGACGAGUUGUUGGGAUAGAUCACAUAACUGAGCUUGUAACAUUGGCUACUAAAAACAUUCAGAAUGACAACCCCACACUGCUCACUUCUGAAAGGGUUAAGUUGGUUGGUAAUGGUGAUGGACGUCUAGGAUACCCAGCUGAUGGACCAUAUAAUGCUAUCCAUGUUGGAGCAGCUGCUCCUACUCUACCACAACCUUUGGUUGAUCAACUUAAACCUGGUGGCAGGCUUGUUGUACCUAUUGGUCCUGAGGGUGGUGAACAACAUUUGACUCAGGUUGACAAGGCAGCUGACGGCACAACUACCAUAAAAAAACUAAUGAGUGUUAUCUAUGUACCGCUGACUGACAAGGACCACCAAUAUCGUAUGAUGAGGAACUUUUUUGGAUUUUUAAGAAAAAAGCCCUGACUAGUUUUUAUUACUUUUAUUUUCUGCUGUUACUACUAUACUAUCCUUGUUAGAUCAUUUUGAUUUCAUAUAUAAGAGUAAGUUGUUUUUUUCAGGGAAAUGUUAUAUUAUUUGAUAAUAUCAAGUUGAAAAAUGGGCAUCAUAGAUGACAGUACCUAGUACAAUGGAAUAAAGUCAAACUUUUUAAUUAAUAUCGUUUUAAAGCUAUUAUCCUCAGAUUUCCGAUAAAAAAAGCAUUCAAUUAAUAAAACGCGACUGUUUAAAUUAAUAUAAGCAUCAGAUACUAGUUGAAACUGCUGAAAGUAUUUGUAACUUUGUUUUAGGUCCUUGGCGUUGAUAUUAUUUCCGAGUGAGAUCAUUAUUACUAUUGAUCGUAAGUGUAAUCUACCUUGAAAUAUUUAAGUAGACGAGUACACACCUUAUAUCCAAUGAUUUUAUUGUAUUGUUCACACCAUUGCUUCUUAAAUUAUUGUAUGGUUUAAAUAAUAAAUUAUUUACAUAUCACAAA